UCUCGAGCCCAUUUCUGCUUCCUGAGUCUCAUACAUACUCAUUAUUUCUCCCAAAAACACAACCCUAGCCUCCAUCGCGCCGCCGUUGGUCUCACUGUCGCCGCCUGGUUCGUCGUAGUCGUUCGCCAAUCCUCCUGUUUUGUCGUGCUCCAAGGCCCUUUCAUUCCCCCGACGCCAGCGUCUCCAGGUCCUGCUCCGCCGUCGUCCCUCUGUCGUGUUCGUCGCCAGCUCGCCAGUGUUCGUCGCCAGCUUCUCGUCAUCUGUGGCUCUCCCUCAAAUCUCUGGUCACUGCCCUCGCGGAAGGCAAAAUUUCCAAGGCGCAGAGCCAAGAAAAUGGUUAAACAAUCAACUCAAUUGAAGGAACUUAAAACCCGAACGCAGCAACCUCAAUUCAAGGAGCUUGAAAUCGAAGUGGAGCGUCAAAUCAGUGCAAUUAGGGUGGUUCGUGAUGUUGAGAUCGAGCGACUGUUGAUGGAACUUCGUUUGGUUCGGUCGUGUUUCAGUGAGGAACAGCUCCGGAAGCCAAUGCUGCAGGUCUUCGAAGAAACCUUACCGAAUCUCUCAAUUGUGAAAGAUGAAGAGAAUGGGAAAUUCGAUGUGAAGUGGAAAGAGAGAGGGAGCAGAAUGUCCACGACCUGUGGUGGUGUAGGAAGAGAUUUGCACGCUUCUCUGUUCCAGAGGCUUUCAAUUGCUUUUCCUUCGGAAUGUCCUGCUUCGGUUCCUCAGUUUGGUGGUUUUGAAUACUCUAGCAAUACUGGGAGAACAGGAUAUCUUGGUGAUGAAAAUCUUCAUUUUAAGGACUUUGUUUUUGAGGAGCCAUGUGAAGCUCAGACUCUCACAAGUCAAGAAGGUCUUCAGACUCCCAAUGUAGGUAGUCAGCGCUUGUCUGUUGGGAUGACGCCCAAAACCCUUAGGCUGCCAAAACCUGGCGAGAUGCUUCUCUCUGUUCAUGGAUCACCUCUUGGUGUUUACAAGGAAAAUAACAUGGAAGCUAUAUAUGAGUCAGAAGAAGGUUAAAUGCCUGCUAAAGCUAUUAUGCGCACUGACAGUACCAUCCUCUUCAUCUCCUUAGAGGAUGGCCAUGUAAAUUUGGUGGCCCCUAGUUCAUCAUUUUUCAUUUAAUGUUCUACAGUUUUAGAUGAAUGCCAUUGACUAAUUAGAUCGAAGAAACGCAAGUAUUGGUUUUCAGUUGCUAGACCAUUCUACAAAGUUGCUUAUACCAUAUAGUUUCAAAUUCAGUGUUGGUUUAUACUUGGGGAAGCAUAAUUGUUAGAUUAUUACAUAUUUACAUUGUGGUUCAGUUAUUUAGUCAGUAAUGAGAAUUAUUCUCCUAAAUAUGUAUGUUAGGAUUGGUUCCAUUCUGUUAAGAGUAGUACAGACUACUUAAAAUGAGUAUGUAAGUGAUAGCUAUGAUUGAUUGUAUUGGUCAAUCUCAUUUUAAAUUUAUGCUUAGAUUUUUCUCCCA